UAUCGGUAUGCAUAUAUAUUAUGCUCCGAGACUCGCUCCCGUCAGUCAAGCAGUCUCGCACGCAAGCGACAUUACAGUGCGGUCAGAAAGCAAAUGUCAAAUAUAUUUAAAAUUUGUUGCAUGAAGGAUCCCAGCGGAUCGGUUAAGGACACUCUUGGAAAAAUGGAACACGUUAACGGUCAUUUCGUUCCCUCAAAAUGUCCUUUUAGUGGUGAAAGUGAUUUCAAAGUUGACAAUCAGAAAACAGUGAAGCCGAACCUUCGUAUAAAAGUUCCUCAACCGAUAAGACUGAAGAAUCAUCUCGUGAACGAAGAGAAUUUCGACACGCUACAUUCUCGAAUUGAUGAAGUCACUAGUUUUAACACAAAAUGCACAGAGAAAGUAUGCCAGACCAGCCUCAUGGACAUUCCGAACCGAGGAGACACGCCGCGAACUGCCGAAGAAGUAUUCCAAGACGCUCAGACUUUCCUUAGACAAUACUUCGCCUCUAUACGCAGAGAGAAUUCCGAGGCCCACACUGCCCGACUGGAGGAGGUAAAAAGGGAAUUGAAAGAUAAAGGCUCAUACCAACUUAAAACUUCGGAAUUGGUGUUUGGGGCGAAAUUGGCGUGGCGGAAUGCGACGCGAUGCAUCGGCCGAAUACAGUGGAAGAAACUUCAGACAUUCGAUUGCAGAGAAGUUACGACUGCAAGUGGGAUGUUUGAGGCGUUAUGCAAUCAUAUAAAAUAUGCAACGAAUAAAGGCAAUAUAAGGUCAGCAAUAACCAUAUUUCCACAACGUACAGACGGCAAGCAUGAUUAUAGAAUAUGGAAUCCCCAAUUAAUCGGUUACGCAGGAUAUCAAGAGCCGGAUGGAAGUAUUUUGGGUGAUCCAGCACGCGUUGAGUUCACUGAGGUAUGUUUGAAAUUGGGAUGGAAGCCUGCUCGAACAGCAUGGGAUAUACUACCGUUAGUACUAUCAGCAGAUGGUAAAGAUCCGGAGUACUUUGAAAUACCUCACGAAAUUGUCAUGGAAGUGCAGAUCGUGCAUCCCAAAUACGACUGGUUCAAAGAGCUAGGACUGCAAUGGUACGCUUUGCCAGCGGUUUCCAAUAUGAGGUUGGAUUGUGGAGGGUUGGAGUUCACAGCAACUGCCUUCAACGGCUGGUACAUGGGCACCGAGAUCGGCUGCAGGAAUUUCUGCGAUAGCAAUCGUCUCAAUGUUGUUGAGAACGUAGCAAGGCAGAUGGGUUUGGACACGAACUCCUUCGUUUCACUGUGGAAAGACAAAGCGCUAGUGGAGGUGAAUAUAGCGGUACUCCACAGUUAUCUUAGAGAUAAUGUCUCCAUCGUAGACCAUCAUUCCGCCUCGGAACAGUUCCUCAAGCAUCUUGACAAUGAGAAUAAAAGCAGGGGUGGCUGUCCGGCCGAUUGGAUAUGGAUUGUUCCACCGAUGUCGUCUUCCUUAACAUCAGUGUUCCACCAAGAAAUGGCGUUGUAUUACAUAAGACCAUCCUAUGAUUAUCAGGAGCCCGCGUGGAAGACACAUCAGUGGACGAAGUCCGACGGCACUAAAGCGGUGACCAGAAAAUACCAUUUCAAACAGAUAGCCCGCGCUGUUAAGUUCACUUCCAAACUCUUCGGACGAGCCCUCUCUAAGCGCAUCAAGGCGACUAUUCUCUACGCCACGGAGACAGGCAAAUCUGAACAGUAUGCCAAAGAGCUAGGAACCAUUUUCGGCCACGCAUUUAAUGCUCAGGUCCAUUGCAUGUCUGAAUACGACAUGUUCUCUAUAGAGCACGAGACAUUGCUUUUGAUUGUUACAUCUACCUUCGGGAACGGAGAACCCCCUGCAAACGGAGUUGACUUUACUGAACAUCUGUUCCAAAUGUUAUACAACGAGUCUAAAAAUCAAGGAGACCAGACGGGUGAUUUAGGUUCAGGAAAUUUCAAGACACAAACUCCGAAGUCCCUGAUGAGAACUAAUAGUAUGAUGACACCAAGUUUUGAAUAUAAGAGACAGUUAACGAGACUGGAGUCAAACAAAAGCAGUAUAGCUGGAACAUCAACAGCAGAACAAAUAGGACCUCUAAGCAACGUCUGUUUUGCGGUCUUCGCUUUAGGGUCUAGUGCUUAUCCAAAAUUCUGCAAUUUUGGAAAGACAGUCGACAAAGUACUGGGUGAUUUGGGAGGCGAAAGGAUUUUGGAAUUAGCAUGCGGCGAUGAAUUGUAUGGACAGGAGCAACAAUUUAGGACUUGGUCGUCGAAUAUCUUCCAUGUGGCCUGUGAGACGUUCUGCUUGGAUGAAAACGACAUGGUUAAAGAUGCAAAGAAAGCAUUAGGCACUGUUCCAUUAACAGAAGAAACCGUACGAUUUGGUAAACCGACUACAAACCCGACCCUCAAAACAGCCUUGGAAGCAGGGUUUAGAAAACAACUUAUCGUUUGUAAAGUUAAAGAGAACAAGCAUUUGGGUGAUUAUUCCGUCGAUCGAGCAACCAUAUUCGUUGAUAUGGAACCACAAAGUGAAUUCAAGUACGACCCAGGUGACCACGUGGGCGUGAUGGCGUGCAAUCGCAAGGAGAUUGUUGACGCUGUACUGAGCCGGACGAAGGAUGAUGACAAUUACGAUAAACAAGUGCAAUUGCAGGUCAUGAAGGAAACUCUCACGCCUACUGGCGCAGUUAAGACAUGGGAACGACACGAAAGAAUCCCAGCUGUGACAGUACGAGAAAUAUUCACUCGUUUCCUGGAUAUAACAACACCGCCGUCGACGACUGUUCUCAAAUAUCUCGCCAAUUCGUGCACCGAUCAACAAGACGCUGAGAAACUUCUAGAAUUGGCCACGGAUUCCAACAAGUACGAUGACUGGAGGCAUUUUCAUUAUCCAAAUUUAGCUGAAGUGCUCGCGCAAUUUCCUUCGUGCAAACCGCAGGCGUCUCUGUUGGCCGCGCUACUACCGCCCUUACAGCCGAGGUUCUAUUCAAUAUCGUCCUCACCAGUCGCACAUCCGGAGAGAAUCCAUGUCACCGUCGCUAUAGUCGUGUACAACACACAGAAUGGAAAAGGCCCCACACAUUACGGAGUAUGCUCUACGUACCUACAAAGCCUCAAACCAGAUGACGAAGUUUUCGUGUUUAUUAGACGUGCACCAAGCUUCCACAUGCCUAAAGACGUGUCAGCACCGCUUAUCCUAGUCGGACCUGGUUCAGGAGUCGCUCCGUUCCGAGGGUUCUGGCAUCAUAGACGGCACCAGAUGAAAAACCUGGUGCCAAACAAUAAGAAAGCUGGUCAUAUGUGGUUGUUCUUCGGAUGCCGACACAGUGGCAUGGAUUUAUAUAAAGACGAGAAAGAGGCAGCUGUGAAUGAAGGCGUUCUUACUAAGACUAGAUUGGCGCUUUCAAGGGAAAAGGGAAUUGAGAAGAAACACGUGCAAGCUCUUCUAGAAGAAGAAGGAGCCGAAGUAACAAGGAUGUUGUUAGACGAAGAAGGACAUUUCUACGUUUGCGGAGAUUGCAAAAUGGCGGAGGAAGUCCAACAAAAACUAAAAUUCAUCAUUAAAAAACACGCAAAAAUGACUGAGCAGGAAGUUGAAGAAUUUAUUUUCAGUUUAAUGGAUGAAAAUAGAUAUCACGAAGACAUCUUUGGCAUCACCCUGCGUACUGCAGAGGUCCACAGUGCAUCUAGGGAAUUCGCGAAACGGACACGACAAGAGUCUUUGCAAUCGCAAGCUUGAAGCAUUUCGUUUAAAUAAUAUAACAAGGACUGAUAAUAUUAACUGAAGAAAAUUUUAUCACAAGCCAUUUAAUUAAUCUAGAUAUUUGCUUACUGAAUAAGUCUUCAAAUGAUAGAAGCGUUGUGUUGUAAUAUAAGCAUCUAGAUAAUUGGUAAUACUUCAAUCGUUCAUUAAAUAUAAACCGUAAUGACCACAUUAUAAGGUACAUUAAUUUGGAAAUAAUUAAUUAUAUAACGCCUGUCAAAAUGUAAAUUUUACUGUCCUAAUACUUAUUUGAUCUGUGAAAAUCAGCCCAACACAAUAAAAUACACCUAAUUAUAACAGUUCUAAUCACUUAUCGUCUGUAAGUCGUGUAAUUUUAUUUAUGAAUCAGUAAUAACAAGUUUUUGUGCUAUUUUCUACAUGAUAGUAUGAACAUAUAUACAUUUAAAAAGUUUUGGCAUACCAAGCAUCGACGCAAGGCUAUAAGACUAAAUUAUUUGGCCGACUGCCGUGUUAUAGAGAUAUAAUAUGAUACCGUUAAAAUAAUAAAAUUAUUGCAUUAUUUCACUAAUUUUAUUAUAAUUGUAUUUAAAUUAUAGUACUAUAAUCUUAAUUAUACGCAUUUAAUAGCUUAGUCUACACCCUUAAGUUAAAAGAACAGAACUUUUGGUUAGGAAUUUACAUGCCUAACUAAAACAAAGACAAAGUAAAGUAAAGUAACAAAGUAAUUACAUAAAAAAUUUAUAUUGUGCGUUAAUUUUGAAAUAUUUUCAUCGAUUCGAUUAGUAUGUAAUACUUGAUUAUUUAUAACUAAAAGCAUCACAAAAUAAUUGCCUAAAUACAUUUAUGAUGAAGAUUGUCUUUGAUUCGUAGUUCAUCCAGAGAUUAAUCUACGAAAACUCAGAGCAGUUAUUAUUUAGAAGUUAAAUAAUAUUAUAUGCGACCAAUGGCUUAAUAUUUAAGUAUAAUGUAUGUUAAUUAUAAGGUUCAAAACCAUUUUGAACCUUGAGAACAAUAUUAUAAACGUCAUUUUUAUUAAUAUAGAUACAUGAGAAUAUUAUCUAAACUAAUCUAAGUAUUUUAAUUCUACCUAAGUUUAAUUGUUAAGGCUAUUAGUUUAUAUUUUUUAUUGAUACAUUAUUUAAAUUUGUUUGCAUAAAUUCAAGCAGCUUGCGUCAAGUAUACCACAAUUAUUUAUUAAUAAAUCAUGUAUCGAGGAUUUCAUAACAAAGAAGUGUAUGGACAAAACAUCGGUUUUGGAGGAGCGACAGAAAUGUGACAAUAGCAAAACUAAUUGAUUGUAUAUCAAAUAUGUUAUGUUUAGAAAGAUGGGUGUACCAAAUUAUAGCCUUAUACAAUUAACAUCGUAUUACUUUCGACUUCGCCCGCGUGAACAGUCUUUUCUGCUACAAAAUAGCCAUUUUUACCACCAUUUACGCCAUCUAUACCACUAUUUAAAAUCCAUUAUUUUCCAUUUAAGCAAAUUACCGGGAAAAAAGCCUACGUGUUAAUCUAGCACAUGGUUUGCCCUUACGCUAAAUUCCAUCUAAAUCAGUUUAGGUUUCUGUGUUUAGUUCUAACAAGCAUCCAAAUAUGUAGAUAUAGCGAAGUAUAUGGGCGCCACUGUAGAGGAACAGUUGAUUGCGUUGCUCCUUGGAAGAGGAAGAUUUCCAGUCAGAGAUAUUUCGAUUGAUCGGCCCGGCCGCGGCCUACGGUUUCUAUUCGGAGGUGGUAUAUAUAUUGCGCGUCGCGUUAAUGUUGCUAUCAACUUAGUAUUGACUAGUGCCAUCUGUUGUUAACAUUGGGAGUUAUUUCCUAAUUGUCAAUAUCAUUGACAGAUGAGCAGUUAGGUGUUCUAAUUAUCUAUUAUAUUUUGUAGUCCUAGUGAUGUGAUUAGAUGGCGCUGUAUGUUAAUAGUGCCGCCCCACGUCCAAACCUCACAAUCUUUCACAUUUACGAUAUUAGUAAAAAGCAUAUUUUUUUUCAUAUCUUUGUCGCUCCCACAAACACUUUUAUUUGUUAUGAAGCCCUCGAUAUAACUUCCAACCAGUAUUACUAUAUUGUUUAAGUCCUCCACGACAUUUGAAUUAUCUAAGAAAUUUAAUAAAACACAAUAAUUA